AAUCUUACACUGAGCAAAACACGAGCUGCUACUUGCUAAUUGUGAUGAUUAGAAGUAAAAAAGAGAAAUUACAAGUGGAGUAUCAAAUCAAAACAUGAUGAGUUGAUGAAUGAAAGCGAUUUGUCAUUUCCAUUAGAGAAAGAGAGAAAGACAGCAAUGGCGAGCAAAGUAGAAGAGGAAGCGAAACAAAUGGAAGCUGAGUUAAGCAAAACCCUAAAAGAAGGGGAAAGACUUUUAGCACCAACACGACGGCCCGAUGGAACCCUACGUAAACCUAUUCGAAUUAGGGCUGGCUAUGUCCCUCAAGAUGAAGUCCAAAUUUACCAAUCUAAAGGCGCUCUUUUGAAGAAGGAAAUGGCGUCAAUCCAGGAUGUUCCGCCGGGUUAUGAUCCGGUGGUAAUGGAAGAGAAACCAAAGUCCAAAGCUGCCAAGCGGAAUGAAAGGAAGAAGGAAAAGCGUCAACAGCAGGCUGCCGCUGAAAAGGGAAAGAAUCCAGAGAAUGAUGAAGUAUCAUCUGCUGACAAUUCAGUUGACGGUCCAGAUCAGGUUGAGUCGGUUAUGUCCCAGAUAAACAAUCUUGCCAUAUCUGCAAAUCCUGUUGUCCCUCCUUCAAAUUCAACCAAGUCUUCUGCCAUGGGAGAUAGUGUGCAGGACAUUGACAAAAAGAUCCGAGCUCUGAAGAAAAAGAUUCGGCUGACAGAAGCUCAACAGCAGAAGACUGAGGAGAAGGAUAUGAAGCCAGAACAGCUGGAAAAAGUGGCUAAGAUGGAAAGCUGGCGAAAAGAGUUAAAGCUUUUGGAGGAUAAAAAGGCUGAAUUGGAAGCAUUGUGAAUUUUAGGCUGAAGAAACGCAUAGUUUAAAGCUACGGUAGCCUGGUGGGAUUUUACCGCUGCAUCAAUAUACUCGUCACGCCCAGAUUUUGUUAAGGGAACUGUGUAUUUUUGUUCUUUGUGCACUGGCUAGGGCAAAACAACGGAGGAUCUAAUUUGUGGUAUUUUUCAGGUAGUACUCCAAUUUUUGAGGA